AUGACUGAAAUUGAACAAUCUGAUGAAUUAAAUAAUGGCAAUAUCCAGCAAUUAAUAUCUGCCAAAGCUGAAGAAUUAUUUAAUUUAUGCGAUACAGAACAAAAAGGUUUUAUUAUAAAAAAAGACAUGCAACGAUUGAGAGAUGAACUUGGUGUGGAGCCUGAACAACUUGAAGAUGUUUUUGAUUCAUUAGAUAUUGAUCAUAAUGGUUAUCUUACAUUGGAAGAAUUUACAUCUGGCUUUGGAAUGUUUCUUGGUGAUCAAAUGGGUGAUGGAAAUGAAAAUGAACAAGAAAUGAUUGAACAUAAUCCAAAUGAUAAAGAAGAACAGCAACUGUUUCAUGAUACAUUAGAAGCAUUGGGAGCUAAAGAUUUGUACGAUGAUGAGGAAACAAUUAUGCACUUAUGGAUGAAAUUACGUGAAAAUGAUGCAACUUUAUUACGGCAAUUUGAACAGUUUAUUGGUAAAAUUACACAAGAAAUGCGUCGUUCAAAAUUAGAUCACAGAAGUAUUGAAGCUGCUUUGAAUAGUAAAUCAUCAGUGCAUGAAUCAGAAAUAAAAAAAUUAUAUGACGAAAUGGAACAACAGAUUAAAGCGGAAAAAGCUAAAGUUCUUGCACAAGAAAAAUUAAAAGAACGUGAACUUCGUGAACAAAUGGAUCGUGAAUUACGUUCAAAAGAACAACAAUUAUCUGAAAUAAUAAAGAAACAAAGUGAUUUAGAAAUUAAAUUACUUCGAUUAAAUUUAAAUGAAUCAGAAACCAAAAGUGAAAAUGACCGAUUACAAAAGGAAAAAGUUCAACUUGAAGAGCAAUUACAAGAAUUAACAAGAAGUCUUCAAGAAUCGAAAAGUUAUAUCUCGCAAUUACAAAUUCAAACAAAAAAAGAAAAACGAGAUAGAGCAAAACAAGCGUUGACAUUAACAGAAAGUAUUGCUAUUGAACGUGAAAAUCUUGUUAAACAACUUGAUUCGUUAAAAUCUAUCAAUAAAAGACUAGUUGAUGAACGUGAUCUUGGCCAAGGAUUUAAACAACAAGAUUCUGUGCCAUCUCCAACACGUACGACGAGAAAACCCAUGCGUAAACAAGGUUCUAUUCUAUCAGACUAUUUCAGUUCACCACAUAGAGGAGAUAGUGAACCGGAAGAAGACGACGAUCCCAUGACUGCUAUGAAUGAUGGUGAAAAUGAGAAUGGUAUUGAAUCAACACGAAAGCAAAAACUUCGUGCCAGAGGACAAGAGCUAGGAGCACGACAACAACCGGUUGGUGCUAAUUCAGUUUUUCAACAUUCUGAAUUAAUGAAUGUUGCUCCUAAUGCAGUACCUGAUCGAAUGUUUAAAAUAGCAUUUAUCGGUGAUAGUGGUGUAGGAAAAACCAGUUUUAUUCAACGAUUUUGUACUGACAAUUUUAAAGAUACAUUUGCAGCAACAAUUGGUGUCGAUCUUCAAGUUAAACUGAUUAAUAUUGAAAAUCGUAUUGUCGCAUUACAAUUAUGGGAUACGGCUGGCCAAGAAAGAUUUCGAAGUAUAACUAAACAAUAUUUUCGUAAGUCUGAUGGGGUUAUCCUAGUUUAUGAUGUAACAUCUGAAAUAACCUUUCGUAAUGUCCGAGCAUGGAUGACAAGUGUUCGAGAAUCGGCAGAGGAUGAUUGUGUUUUAGCACUUGUUGGAAAUAAAACAGAUCUAUGUGAUGAUGAUGAAAAACGACCGGUGAAGUAUAAAGAUGGUGCAAAAUUAGCCGAUGAAUAUGGAUGCUUAUUUUUUGAAAGUAGUGCACGAUUAGGUACAUCAAUUGUUGAAACAAUGGAAGCAAUAGCUCGGUUAAUGCAAGAAAAAGAUGAUAAACAACGUAAAGGUGAAAAUCUAGUCGAUAUAUCAUUGAAGAAGAAAAAACGUGGUUGCUGCUAG